UUUCUCGUGGCUGGGAUUCGAAGCCUUCCCAACCGCCAUCCUCGCGGGUACCAUUCCGAGGUACGGCAAGGGGGCGUGGCUAUCAGCAGUAACCAUGCCUCCUCUCUCCCCAUUGGCUGUGCGUCGCCUGCGUCCGUCCCUUUCUGCUCUCCCCCUCGCCCCCGGCGCACGUCUCUUCCGUUCCGGCGUCGCUUCGCUUGCGGCCUGCUCAAGAUGCUUCAUCUGUUGUCAGAAGCUGUUUAGUCAACAGUCCUUCUGUUCUUAUUUCACUUUUCGGUAAUGAAGAGUCCAUCUAAUAAGCUGAAAGACCUGAUUAUAUAAUCAUACGGCAGAACACAGUUAAAAGUGGUGUACCAAGUGGGGUUUUUUUUAAUCUGACUGAAGCAAAAUGAAUGAGCAUCCGAAGAAGAGAAAAAGGAAAACUCUACAUCCUUCCCGUUAUUCAGAUUCUUCUGGGGCCCCAAAAUAUAUAGACAAUAGUGGCAUAUUUUCUGACCAUUGUUACAGUGUGUGUUCCAUGAAACAGCUUUCUGAUAAUCGAGGGAGAUUUUAUAAUACAGUGCACACCCCAGAUACUGAUGAGGAUGGGAGCCCAGAGUAUGCUCCCUGGAGUGGGACCCAGAAUAAUGUCAUGGGGUCAUCCUUCAUGGAUCCUAAAAAGAAAGAUAAACCCUCCAACAAUGGGAUUUUUAAAGAAAGGUGUGACUCACCUCUAUUCAGCGACAGCUUAACCGAAGAGGAGAAACCACUGGACAUUCAGACGGUAGAAAUUUCCACCACAGAAGUCCAGGCUGUGGAGGUUCAUGACAUAGAAACACAGACCAUUUCUCCAGAGAAGCUGGAAGCAGAGGAGGCUGUGGAAAUCCCAGUGGAAAGCUGCAAAGUGCAUGAAAAGAAUCCCUCUUUGAACAUUACUAUUCAGCCGAAAUGGCCUUUGCUGAGGGCCAACAGCAGUGGUUUAUACAAAUGCGACCGGUGCACAUUCAACAGCAAGUACUUUUCAGAUCUAAAGCAGCACAUUGUUCUGAAGCACAAGACGUGCUCAGAGGGCAAUAUCUGCCAAGUGUGUAAGGAGAGUUUCUCCUCCAAAAAGGGGCUUAUUGAACACUUAAAAGUUCACGAGGAAGACCCUUACAUUUGCAAAUACUGUGAUUACAAAACAGUAAUGUUUGAAAAUCUGAGCCAACACAUUGCGGACACUCACUUCAGCGACCACCUCUACUGGUGCGAGCAAUGUGAUGUCCAGUUCUCCUCCAGCAGCGAGCUGUACCUCCAUUUCCAGGAGCACAGCUGCGAUGAGCAGUACCUCUGCCAGUUCUGUGAGCAUGAAACCAGUGACCCAGAGGACCUGCACAGCCAUGUGGUGAAUGAACACGCAGGGCGGUUGAUCGAGCUGAGCGACAGCUACCACAGCCGGCAGCAACAAGGGCAGUACAGCCUGGUCAACAAAAUCAGCUUUGACAAGUGCAAGAACUUCUUCGUGUGCCAACUCUGCGGCUUCCGCAGCAGGCUUCACACCAAUGUCAACCGCCACGUGGCGAUCGAGCACACCAAAAUAUUCCCACACGUGUGCGACGACUGCGGGAAGGGCUUUUCUGGUAUGUUGGAAUACUGCAAACAUUUGAACACUCAUAUGUCUGAAAGGAUUUAUUUGUGUCAGUAUUGUGAGUAUUCCACAGGGCAGAUUGGAGACCUCAAAAUUCACCUGGACUUCCGACAUUCAGCUGAGCUGCCUCAUAAGUGCACCGAAUGCUUGAUGAGGUUUGGCAAUGAAAAAGACCUUUUACGUCACCUUCAGGUGCAUGAAAAUGCUUGAUUGUUAUAGUAGUGCAUUUUUGCCUUCAAGUAAUUCAGAAUAUUAGAACUUGUGAUGUAAUUUCGACAUAUGUUAUCCUAAAGUCAAACUGCAAAUGAAUCGUUCCUUAUGUCACUGGGAGAAAGUCACUUUAGGUACAGCCACAGUUAUAACGUUGCUAUACUUGUGUUUAAUAAUAAAAUGGAAAUCAUUACAUUCAUAGUAUUGUGGUAUCAUGGGGUUAAUGUAAAGUGGUAGAUGUGAACACCCACAUGUGCAGACACAUAGCGUCCUUGACAUUUUCAGGCCUUUCGCAGAUUGUUCAAGCUGUACGAGACUUCAAGCUCAACAGAUUGUUUCAUCUCUACAAAUUUUGGAUUCAUGGAUCAGGUUUUCUGGAAAAAAGCAGAAACUAUUUGUAUUUUUGCUGUAUGUCAAUCUAUUAUUGUGAUGUUGAUUUCUGAAGACAACCUAUUAUAAUGUGCUUUGAUUACCUAUGAAGGGAAAUAAAAAUAAAUGUCCUCAAAAA